AGGAUGCUAGUCCUGAUGAUGGCACAGAUGAUGAUGCUGACUCUGAGUCAGAUGAAUAAAGCAUUUCCUGUGUUUCUGAAAUUUGUGUGUAAUUUAUUUUGUUUUGGUCUGUAAUAUUAAGUGUUGCUUUGACAACAUUUUUGAUAAAAAGGGGGAGUAACACCUGUACCCCAGGACAACAGAUUUGUUUGAACAAAUUUAUUUGAAGUUGAAGGUCCUCUACCAGAGGUUAUGCUGUUGUUUGAAGUUUUUAACUUCUAUGUGUGCUGAGUGUGUUGCUGUUCAACUUCUAUGUGUGCUGAGUGUGUUGCUGUUCAACUUCUAUGUGUGAUGAGUGUAUUAGCUAAUUUAAUUCUCUGCUUGGAUGUGUGUAUUCCGCUGCUUUGAACUCUGUUGUGAUGCCAAGUUGUUUUAGCCAAAAAUUUGCCAAAGGGGGAGUUUGUAGAUGUUUUUGAUUGACUGCAUUUUGUGUUAAAACACUAACUGUACUCUGAUGUCUUGACUGAUGUCAUGACAUGCUUGAGUAGUAUGCUGCAGGAUUAGUUAAUACAGGGUUUGCUGAAUGUCAAACUGGAUGUUAUGACAUUCAUCCCUGACAGCAAAUACUGAACUAUAGAAUAGUUGAUUUCUCUGUUAUAGCUCAGUAUUUAAUUCAGUCUGUUUUUCAGGAGAAUAACAGACCUAUCAUAUAGCCUAUUGUCUGAAUGUCAAACUGAAUGUUAUGACAUUCAUCCCUGACAGCAGAUACUGAAUUGUAGGCUGGUUGGUUUUACUGUUACAGCUCAGUAUUUCUUUCAGGCUGUUUUUCAGGAGAAUAACAGAGUUAGCAUAUGGCCUAUGUUCUAACAUUCAUUCCUGACAGCAUAUGCUAAAGUGUAGGCUAGUUAGUUUUUCUGUUUCAGUAUUUAUCUCAGGCUAUUUUCAGGAAUCUAACAGCUGAGCUAAAAUCCAGGAAACUAACAACUGUGCUACAAUUAAUAGACCUAACAAAUAGCCUAUUUGUUAGCACUUUAAUAUGUGGAAAUUAGGUUAACUUGCUUAACCUUAAUUUUAGGAAAUUCAAGUACAAAGACCAAGUGCUGCAUUAUAAAAGGAUGACAAUCCUACUUUCAGCAAUUCAGAGGUUUUGAAGCGUGAAGCAUUUAUUAGAUCAUCAUAUUUCACUGCUGAAUUUAAUUGUGUUUUGUAUUAGGUCGUAUUUGUGAGCCAAGCAAUUAUCACCUAGAUGAUUGCAUUGGACUAGGGUGUUCAUUGAGUUGUAAUUGUUGUGUCACUCUAAGCUUUUAAGUGUGAGUGCUGUGUUUCUUGAUUAAAGCUGUUAAGCACAAUCAAGAGUUGUUUGAAGUAUAACUUCGCCAUUAACUUUAAACUUAUUAAAGGUUGUAAUCACUGUGGUGAUUGAGGGGGAGUGAAUAGGAACUCUGGUCUUAGUUUAAGAUUGAAAUUGCAUUGGGUAGGUCUUAAGUGAUAGGAUUAAACAAUUGGUUUAAGUCCUGAAUUAAUACUGCUUAUAGUGGAUUUCCUCCCUGGCUUGGUAGCCCCCAGAUGUAGGUGUGUUUGUCACUGAACUAGGUAAACAAUUGUCUGUGUUAUUUACUGCCCUUUACAUUUACGUUCUGCAUCAUUCUUGUCUGCGCAGAAUUGGAUGUCAUAACAUCCAGUGUGACAUCGAUAAUCUGUUACUAGAAUUUCAGUUUUUAUUUAACCAUUUAUUUUGUUCUACUGUCAGGGUUUACUGCUAUGAAGUUUCUCAUGUUUUUUCAUCAUGAUUCAUACAGAGGAAAAUUUCAGAUACACAACAUUGAAGGGAUUGCAAGGACUUGUGAUGGGUUUCAAGCUAAUCUAUCAACUUUUUGUUCAGGGAAAAUUCUUGAUUUUGUGAACUGUCUUCCCGAGAUUAUUAUACUGGAGGAACUCCCUCGAUCGAGGAUCUGGUUCUCUCUCUUUAUGGGAAAUCAAGUCACUAAGGAACAUAUUGACCUCUACUUUUUUGCUAAAGAUGUUAAUAGCUAUUUGACAUAUUAUAGAGGAUUGAUGGAUUACAUCACCAAUAAUGAUUUGGCUCUGAAAGCAAAUUUGGACGGGGCUGAUCUUUUAAUUUUUCCAUCAAAGGUUCUGCCUAAGGAAAGCCAGUAUUCGAGUAAUUUUCCGUUCUUCUGGGGUGUAUUCAAAGAACGAAAGGCGAAUUACUCCACAAACUCAAACACACAGAUCUCAAAUGCUCUAGAGUCAGCAAAUGGAGACAAGAAGAAAUAUCGGUCAUUCAAUCUGAAUGCUGUCCCAGAAGAUGUAGAUGAUGAAACAGAAGUAGCUGAAAUUCUUGGAAGUGACAGCAAAAGUGGUACUAGAAAUGCACAUGUUGAAGAAUCUGAAAAAGAUAUGAAGAACACUCGCUAUUGUUCACAAGUCACCGCCCCUGCCUUGACUGCUGCGCCUGCUUCUGCUUCGACUGCUGCACCUGCCUCUGCUGCACCUGCCUCUGUUGCACCUUCCAAUGUUCAUCUUCAUCAUACAGGACAGGAGCGCAACGCAGACAGUGAAAAGCAAAUCAUUCAAGUAAACUCCAAAAAAGAGUUUACAUCUCGUCAUAUGGGAGACGCACUUUCAGGGCGGGUUCAAACAUUGGCAAAAGCAGAGCGGUACAUGGAUAGGAACGUGGAGGCUACUUCAUAUGUUGCAUCAGAUUAUUCUCUUACCAAAUGUGUGUCUGCUCUUGAAGAGAUACAAGAUAUUUCAGAUGACAUCUAUGGAAAAGCCUUAAAAAAGUUUAAGGACCCUGAUUGGAGGGAAAUGUUUAUUGCUAUGUCUGAUGAUAGGAAACGUGGAUGGCUACUCAGACUAUAGAAGUUUAGUUUUUUGUUGUUGUAAUAUUUGAUAAGACUUUACUGGGAUAUGUGGGAUAUGUGGUGAUUCUGAUGCAACAUACUUCUCUUCUGUUAUUUAGGGUCUUUAUGCUUAUGUACUUAUUUCUAUUUGUUGAACAA